AUGAAUCCACUAGCAGCACUAACGAAAUACCAAGACCUCAUGGAAAAAUGCAUUGCAAGUGAAAAUGUGCAGGCCCUCUACAUCAAAGGGAUCCAGGAGUAUUUUCACAAGAACAACACAGAAACAGGGUUGAAACACUUGAAAAAGGCAGCAGAAGGUAGUUACGACAACAAUAUUUACCUUUACGGAAAUGUGAAGUUUUGCAGGGGUGACAUAGCGGAAGGAAAAUUUUGGCUGGACAAGCUAGGCUGGAAACAAAACAAGCAAAGGGCGAUCAAUGCUGGAAAGAUAUCAAGAAGUCGUUACAUAGAGUCAAUGUACAAAAAAUACAAUGCUACUACACUACAUCGGGAGAAGUCCAACCAACUAUCAUCUGCACCAUCAAUGACAUGGAAAAUAGAUGCGCACACUAGUACUACUACAAACAAAUGA